GGUUGAGAGGGAAUGUACACGUUGCCUCCAACGCACAGACGAAUGACUGAGCUGCUGCUGAACAUGUCGCUGGAUCAGAUCGGCAGCCGUGGCGGGGGUGGUGGUGGCUUUCGAGGAGGGGCGCGCGUGAGGGAAGGCGGAGGGAUGAGGAGCGAGGUCGUUUCUCGGCCGCAGUCCCAGGUCUCGCGGCCGCAGUCUUCUGUGGCCGGCAAUUUCGCUGCCCGCGCUCUUUCUUCUGGUUCAGGCCCGAUGCGCAGGCAGGGGAUUUCCCGUGCCGCGAGAGAGACGGCGGCGCCUUACCAGCGACCCACACGCCCUUCGGACGGCGUGCAUUCUCGCCUUGGCGACCCGGUGGUGGCCGGCACCCGCGUCCACGUAGGCGGACUGAACUUCGACGUCAUGGACGAAGACAUCAAGGAGCUUUUUGCCGGCGUCGGAGACCUGCUGCACUGCAAGAUCGAUUACGACCGUGCGGGUCGCUCCAACGGCAAUGCCGUGGUGAUCUUCAAGAGGAGAGAGGACGCAGAAAACGCGGUCUCCCAGUUCCACAAGCGGACUCUUGACGGCACGCCCAUGCAUGUGGAGAUCGUGGAGGGAGGGGGUGCCGCAGAGUCCGCUCGAGGCGGCGUGCGGGGAAGGGGCGGAGGCGGCGGCGGCGGCGGCGUCCCGACGUGGAGAGGUCAGGAGAUAGGGGUCAGUGGCGACGCGCAAAAGCAGGACAAAGCAGUCUUUGUCCAAUUUGCGGAGAUGUAG